GUUAGUGACAGGUUUUCUAUUCUUAUAUGGAACUACAAGGGGCCCAAGAGGACCUGGGCAUUUCCCUCUCUAGUCCCCGGAAGAACCAUGAAACCAGGCCAGGAAGCAAGGCUAAGGGCAGGAGCAGUGUCUGUCUCCAGGGGUCUGUUUGGACUGCUGAAGGAAAGCUGAGGCUCAGCGCAAGUGAACAUCUCACCCAGGGUCACUAACAAGAGCUCAGGGAUUGGAACCCAGGAGAAGAUGCUUCCCUUCUCUUCUCCAAGAGUCCUUUUAGGGCUGGCAAGUUGAUGCAAGCUGCAGCUCAUGCCUUCAGACCAUGCUGGGUCCAAGGAAAUGCAUGGAUCUCCUCCAUUACACAGUUUGACUCCAAGAGAAGCCCAGAAGUGGCUUCCAGCCCCUCCUACCUGACUGUGCCCUGCCCUUCACCACUUCCUGUCUUCCUGCGACUCAGUGGCAGAGGUGUCUGUGGGGGCUGCUACCUGGGAAAGUCCACCAGGGGGAGUGCAUGGCAAUCUCUCCUCUCAGAUCCUCUAGGGGCUCCUUUCCCCACCCAAACUAGGCCUGGAGGUUGAUGUCAGUGUGGUGUGGAAGAUGUUGGAGAGAAGCUGCAGGUGCCUUCUUACUAGCUCUUCCUGAAAAUUUGUCUCUCCCUCUCCUUGUUAGUCUGUUUUAUAACUCACACUCCAGCAGGGGGGAAGUAAAGGAACUUAUCCCAUUCACAGAUCCUAUAACCCGUGGUGUUUAUUACCUCGUAGCUGGUGCAGUGUCCUUUGAGCCUGGCAGUUUGGUUUAGAUUCAGGGGUCUAUUCUUUGCAGUCUUUUUGGGGUUGGUAGCAGAGAAAGAGAAAACAGGUAAUUCGAUUACUUAGGUUCUUCGUGUGCGAAAGUUAAAGCCCUACCACAAACGUGUGAGUGGGUGUUAUAUUGUAAUAACCUGGACACCGCCAAGACAGCUUCCUUGGGGCUUUUGUGUCCUCAGGCCCACCCGAAGAUUCUCUUCUCAGUCAUGUGGGAUGGAUUUACUUCAUCCCUGGCUUGCUCUGGGCCUCAGUUUUCCUAUUCUAGGGCAGAAGAAAUCUGGGUCAUUAAAAAAACAAAAAACAAAAAAACAAAAAACAAAAACAAAAAAACACUCCUGAUAGAAGUCGGUUGAUGCUUUCGACCUGCAGCCUCCUUGAGGUUAAUAGUCCAAGUAAUUUCCUCAGGGGCCCUGGCUGGCCUGUUGUGAGUAGACCCAUGAAGUGUCUGGAUUUGCUGUGAUAGGAGCCACCUCGGCUUUCUGUAGAGAUAAGCCCUGCCCCUCGUUCCUACUUUGAGCUUGAAAAGUCCCUUAUCCAACUUUGAAAUGGGAACUAUAAAGGGGUUCCUUCUGGGGUUACUCAGAAGAGGAGAAUCAUGCAGUCUUGGCUGACAGACAUCUGAGGUUGGUCACCUGGCACAUUACCAGGGGCUCAGCCAUGACCAGCCUGCAACCAUCCUGCCUUUCCCCAGGGGCGGGGCUCCAGCCGUGGAGGGCAGACUGGAGACUCCUUUGCCUUUCAAUACUGUCUGGCCUGUCUCAGGUCCUGCACAUCUUUUCUCUAAUGAU